UCUGCGAAGCUCAGUUAGAGUAGAGCAGUGAAGGGGGAGGACGUGCCGCCGCCGCUCCUCCGCCACUCGUCAAACAUGGAAUUAUCUCUUGUUGGGGACAGAGUGUAUGCGGCAGAAUGCAUCCAGAAGAAGAGAGUGAGAAGGGGGCGGGUGGAGUACUUAGUGAAGUGGAAAGGUUGGUCAAACAAACACAACACCUGGGAGCCAAUUGAGAAUAUUCUUGAUGUUCGCCUCCUGGAAGCCUUCGAGGAGAGCCAGCGAGAGAGCAUUGGUGCCAAGAGGGGGCCGAAGCCGAAGAACAAGCAGAGGGACAUACACCACGUCUUAAGGGAGAGCCGCAGCACCAGCAGCAGCGCCUCUCUGGACCGGGACGCGGCAGAGCGCAGCGGCGGCAGCAGCACGUCGUCCCGGGUGGAGCUGGACACCACCACGGAGGACGACGACUACGACGACACCACCGACGAGGCCUCCGCCACCACCACCGCCACCACCACCACCACUACCACCACCACCACCACCGCCAGCACCACCACCACCACCACCACGACCACCUCCUCCCCCUCCUCCUCCUCCUCCUCCCCCACCUCCUCCACAGACACCACAACUACAACAACCACAGUUUCCGCGCCCUCGUCCCCCACUACCACAACAACCACUACUUCCACGGUGUUGGGGGGUCGCCGGUGCACCCCCCGACCACGCCCACCCCCCCACGCCGGCCAGCCCCCCUGCAUCACCCCCGCUGGUGGGGAAGCGUACGCCACCGGGGAAGCCGCAGGGCCAGGGGGGAUGGUGUGGGGCCUCAGGGGGUUCCUCCACCCCCACCCCCCUCUUCAACCACCACCGGCGCUUAAUGGGACUGUUAAGGCAAAGGAUAAUUUAGUUUCCGAUCAGGAGAAAGAAAAUCAUGAGGUCCUUGUGGCUCCAGACCCUAGUUACUGGUACCAGCGGAACCCCUUGGCCGAUGAGAUUUUCAUCACCGACGUCACAGCCAACCUCAUCACCGUCACCAUUAGGGAGUGCAAGAAACGCCAGGGGUUUUUCAAGGACAACACAGACGAGAACCAGAAUUCACAGUCGUCCAUUAAGUGAAAGAGGGGGACCUGGAGGGGGAUGUGACCCCCGUGUGAUGCGAUAUGGUGCGUGGUAUUGCGUGGUGGUGUGUGGUGAUGUGACGCCAUCCACCGCCAUCCACAGCACCACCAGGAGGAGGAGGAAGAAGAGGAGGAGGAGGAGAACCAGAUAGAGCAACAACUACUACUACUACUACUACUACUACAACUACAUAGUCUUAAGUAGAAGGAGCAUGACUACUACUAGUACUACUUAAGAGCAAUAGUCGUAAAUCUUAGCCAUGUUCCCUGAUAGAGUCUUCCCGAUGCGCCUCACCAUCACCCACAUCUUCCACCACUCCUGGGCGCCCCGGAAGCAGCUCUUCUCCACCAAGACCUCCAUGUGGUGCGAUUCGCUUCCCUCCACCCCCACAAGGAUGCUCAGGUUCUGGUAGGGCUGGACGUAAACACAAAUGGUUCUCGUUCGGCUGUUCAUGGCCCUUGUGGUGAUCAAAUGAUAUCCUUGGUUGUUUGUGUAGAAACCAGAGGGGCAUUCCACUGGGAGGGCAUACAGGGAGUUUCCACAUAGAAGCAAUAGAGGGAGGUGGAGGGGAAAGAUGGUUCUGCCCCUCAUGGUUGAAGGCUUGGGGUUCCUAAAGGCUGUUGUUGGUGGGCAGAGGAUAAGAAUGGUUGUAAUACUGAUGUGGACAGGAAGUGUGUGUGUGUGUGUGUGUGUGUGUGUGUGUGUGUGUGUGUGUGUGUGUGUGUGUGUGUGGCUAUUACACACACACACACACACACACACACACACACACACAGACAGACAGACAGACAGACAGACAGACAGACAGGAAGGAGAGAACAAAUGUUUCUUUUUAUUUAAUUUUGUUGUGUUAAUAUUUAAGAAAGUACAAUGUUUUAAUGCUUUGUUUGUUUGUUUGUUUGUUUGUUUGUUUGUUUGUUACUGUGAAUUGUUUUUUUUGUUUCUCUCUCUCUCUCUCUCUCUCUCUCUCUCUCUCUCUCUCUCUCUCUAACUUUUUCUAUUCAUUCUUCUUCUUCUUCUUCUUCUUCUUCAGAAAUUAUUGUAUGUAUUUUUUCCAGUGGUAAUAGAAACUGUAUUUAUUUAUUUAUUUAUAUUAAUGUUGUUGUUGUUGUUGUUGUUGUUGUCUUGGGUUUUCUUCUUCUUUUCUUCAACUUUAUCUUUUUUGUAAUCAUAUUUUUCUAAUUUUCUUUUUUUUAGAAAGUGGUGGUGGUAGUAGUAGUAAUAGUAGUGGUAGUGGUGGUGGUGGUGGUAGUGGUGAUGGUGGUGGUGGUAGUAGUAACAGUAGUAGUAGUGGUGGUGGUGGUAAUAGUAGUAGUGGUGGUGGUAAUAAUAGUAGUAGUAGAAGUGGUGGUGGUGGUAGUAGUAGUAGUGUGGGCCCCUCUCUCUCUCUCUCUCUCUCUCUCUCUCUCUCUCUCUCUCUCUCUCUCUCUCUCUCUCUCUCUCUCAGCUCAGCCCACAGCCCCACAGCAUGUCCCCCACAGUAUGCUCACAAACCCACAGUUACCCCCCACAGCCCCCCUACGUGUCAUUCACCCCCUCACAGCUCCGCCCCUUUAUAUAUAUAUAUAUAUGUGUGUGUGUGUGUGUGUGUGUGUGUGUGUGUGUACUUUUCAAUAAAGGUAUAAUAGUCA